GUUCCUAAGUAGCUAUUACAACAACAUGUACUGACGUCGAGAAGGAGAACCACGAGAAAUCAGCAAAGGUCUUGAUCUCAUGAUGUGAUCACAUGUGAGGAAAUUUCGUGAACUACCACUACGACCACAAUCGCCAAUUCUAGAUCAAAGAGGAUCACGAUGAUGCAGGUGCCAAUUCCUCUGUCACGACUUGUAGUUGGUACCGGCGCCUCUGGUCCUUCUAAUGCGACAACUGGCCGGCUUUUUUCGCGCAAGGGCUUCUGUGCUACGGCGAGCUUUAGUGGAAGUUCAUCUUGCUCUUCUGCUACGCACACGGCGACGAGCAGAUGUUCUGUUCUGGCUGCAAGAGGUCCCUGUCAAUUCGACCAGCGCCGUUUUAUGCGAGAGCGUGUGCGCGUCUCGAACGCGUGGGACGACGUGUAUACCAUGGAAAACCCUCGUUACGGCAAGACAUGGCCGCCUGACAUGAACGAAAUCGGGGAACCCUUGAGCAUGCCCAGAAUGCGUACGCUGAUGCACCAACUCCAAGUAGAGGAGAUGCAAAAACUAGAAGCCAUGCGCAGCUAUCAGAUGCCAAAAGUCUCGCUUUAUGUCGCUGGAAGUAGAUACUAUUGACUGUGAUAUCAUAAAGACAGUGACAGUUGUACUUCUUUUAGUGAUCAAGAAGCAUGGUUGCAUUCUGAAGUAGACAAAGACAUUUGUAGUGAUCAAGAAGCAUGGUUGCAUUCUGAAAGUAUUAGUAGAUAGAUAAUAUCUAUGACAGUAACAGUAGUAGAAGCGAUGAUGAAGCAUGUUGAUAAAUUGCGCAGCUAUGUAUUCGUGAGAAAGUAGAACUUCAGGUUCAGUAGAGCUUCUCUGCUGCUCUUCUAACCCCAAGGAGAUUUGAUCGAAGUGAAGUACGAAUUGUCUCGGUCUCAGCAGACCUUCGCUACUUUCCAGGGAUACUGCGUCGCACUACGAAAAAAGCGGGCAGCUUCGGCUAUCGUACUGAAAAACACCUACGACGGUGUUGGAGUCGAACAGCUUUUGCCGAUUUAUAAUUUAUGACAUUCCCGUUGGCUUUGUAUUCUAAAACAAGAAUGAUAUCAUGAUAAUAACUAGGCCACUAAUACCAAAGUAGGAGGAAAUCAUCUGAUGACUGUCAUCACAUUCACAAUUCGGCAGGUUCUACAAUUUCUAAGGUAAGAACUUUUACCUAUAAUCUCAAAUCUUCUUCUUUCAUUUCCUCCUCGGCUUUUGGAUGUGCGUGUGCUUAAACGAGCGAAUUUGUCGGAAGAACAGUUGAAGGUGGACAAGCGGCACAAGUCGCGGAAUUAUCGCUAUCACUGGCAGUACUACAAGCUCGGAAAGUGGCGAAGCUCAAAUCGAAAAUACUGGUGGCGACGACCAGCGCGAACAGGUACAACGAUUUGUUACGGCGUUCCGGAUGCAAGACGAAGAUAUUCCUACAUGAGUUUUGCCCAUAGCGCAUUCUUGUCUUUCGAUAGCCAAGCUCCUUUACCCACUAGACGAGGGCAAAUUGAUAAUCCAAGCGUCAAAUCAAGUAGAAAACUCAGUCUACAACUAAAACUGAAGGAAGUAAAGAAAAUCAAAAUAUCCGAUGCUUACCCUAACUUCUCUCCUUCCUCAGGUAUCCUGAAUUUGGAGAACAAGAUUCGUGUUGAGUACGCCCAUUUGCGCAAGCGGUAUGCGAUGCAGCGCGCGGCGGCUGGGUUGCCAGCUUACAUCCAUCCGGGUCCGUAUCACAUUGUGCGUCGACAGACACGUGAGGUGCGCGCUGAAAUGGAGCGUCGUAUGUUGGUAUACGCCUGGGAUGAGCGCCGCGCGCGGUGGGCGAAACUCGCCCGCCGCAAGCGACAGCAACGAUGGGGUCUGUGUCGUGUGAAAAAAGUCGAGAAGACGGCAUUGGGAAGCCACGCGAAACAAAGGCUGCCAAGAUACCACACGCUUAACAACGUGGAACAAUAAAUCCGUUGUCAUCUUGGAGGUGUACAUUCCAUGAUGAAGGUAAGACGCUCUUUCUAGUACGUAUGUGAUAUGAUCGACGACAUCUAACGACUACGUAAUCUUAAUACAAAGACAAUGCCGUUGCUUUGUGCUUGUCAAUGAUUCAACUACAUCCAGAUAAACGCAAAACCAAAAAGAUGCCAUUGUUGUGCCUUGGUGCUCCUGAGUGAGGGACGUCUUUCCUAAACAUUUCUGAACCGCGAAUGCACAAACUGAGUUCGAACACGAACAUUUUCCUUG